GCUUUUCUUAUGCACCGGAUGAAAAGAAAUCCAAGAUGGCAGCGCCCAUGCGAACUGUCUCCUUGAAAAUAUUUCAACGUCUGUCACCGUUAAAUUUGUAUUUAAGAUCUUGUCAUCAUACCCUGAAGUCACAGAACAAUUACAUGAAGCUUUUCUCCUUGUGUAAGCUAAACAAAUAUGUGAUUAGGUGCUACACUACACCCAACGAGAAGGAACAUUGUAACAUAGGAACUAUAGGUCACGUUGAUCAUGGUAAAACAACACUGACUGCAGCGCUGACCAAGGUCCUUGCUGAAAGUAACCCUGAUAACAAAUUCUUUGACUAUGCGUCUAUAGACAGAGCGGCAGAGGAGAGGAGGAGGGGAAUCACUAUCUAUGCCACACAUGUUUCAUAUGAAACAGCUAAGAGACAUUAUGCACAUACAGAUUGUCCUGGUCAUAUAGAUUUCAUCAAGAAUAUGAUUACAGGAACGUCACAAAUGGAUGGUGCGAUUCUGGUGGUUGCAGCAACUGAUGGUACAAUGCCGCAGACUAGAGAGCAUUUGCUACUUGCACGGCAGAUAGGUCUUCAGAGAGUGGUAGUAUUUCUGAAUAAAGCUGACAUUGUGGAUGAGGAAAUGCUGGAACUUGUUGAACUUGAAGUGCGAGAACUACUUGAGGAGUUUGGUUACGAUUCUGAAGAAACUCCAGUCAUAUGUGGUUCUGCAUUGGAGGCAUUACAAGGCAAAGAUACAAAAUAUGGUAAAGGAGCGAUACUGAAAUUAGCAGACACGAUUGACACUUAUAUUCAAGUUCCGGAGAGGGAUUUAGAGGCUCCAUUUUUCUUGCCUGUUGAGUCGUCGGUAUCGGUGCCUGGGCGUGGUACGGUUUUGAUCGGAACGCUAUUGCGAGGAGUACUUAGAAGAGGCGCUGAAGCCCAUUUACUCGGACACGAUAAUUUUUUCAAGACUUCAGCAUCAGAUUUACAGGUUUUUAACAAAUCUGUCCCAGAAUGCAAAGCCGGUGAAAAUGUUGGGGUGUUGAUACGUGGAAUAAAAAAUGAUGUCAUCAAACGCGGGAUGGCAUUAUGUGCACCAGAUUCUCAAGUUCAAUCGAACUUUGUUGAAGCCCAGAUAUAUGUGUUAACAAAGGGUGAGGGUGGGCGAAGUAAACCAUUAAUGAAUAAUUACACUCAAAAUUUGUUUUCAUCUAUAUGGAACAUUGACUCCAUGGUCCGGUUUUUACCAGACACCGAAAUGGUUAUGCCAGGGGAGACUGCGAAGGUGAAUAUUUUAUUCAGGAGGUCGAUGGUUGUACGUGAAGGCCAAAAAUUUACAGUACGUGAAAAUGCACUUACAACAAUAUCAGGAAUAGUGACACAAGUAUUGCCGAUUUCAGACAUUGAAAUUAAAGGAUUCAACUAUAGACCACCUGCUGCUAUGAAAAUUGAAUCUGGUAGCCGGGUUGUUCAAGCCAGGAGAGGGAAAAAAUGAACUGUUUUAAGAAUGACUUUAAAGCAGCAUGCCGCCAGAUUUGGCUAAAAUAAUCUUUCUUUCAAAUUGAAGUUUUGGUCAUAUUAUGAACAUUAAAAUAUGAAUUUUUGUUUGUAAAAUAUUUUAAAAAUUCCAAAUCAAGAAAAAAAGAUGACCGCGUCGGGAAUUGAAGCCAGGACCGCCAUGGCAAUAAAGACAUUUUCCGGUCAUUGUAACCAAUAGCGCUAUAGCUGAAGUAGUGAAUAAUGACUUCAAAAUAUAGAUACCUAUAAUGGAGACAGUUUAAAUGGAGUAAAAGGGUGACAAAUGCUUUUCAAUUUUCAUUGUUAAAAGUAGUAAAAACAGCAAAUUCUCAUGUGUUUCCGUAACAUAAAGUUUGUCAGUAAUUAAGUUUUGAAGCCUUCUUUAGAAAUAUAGCAUUUAUUUCAAAAUAUCUAAAAAAAAUAUGUUUUUUUUGUUGUUGAACGAUCUGGAGGCAUGCGGCUUUAAUAAAUUUAAGAAGUUAAAUUUGAAUUUUAGUAAAUUUUUAUUUAAGAAGCUAAAUUUGAAUUUUACAGAGGUUUAUCAUCUGUAGGUUAAUAGAUGGCAGGUUGUUUCUUUGAGUUAUAAGGGCUGUUGUAAGGUGAGGCCUAAGGACUGUAAUCACAGCCCGUAUCCAUUAUCACAUAAAGCCUGUGUUCUAAAUAUUUACCAAAUUAUUGCAAGCUUCUUUGUUUUACUGUUCUUUUUUAUGACUGCUCUUUUUAUCAUCAUGCUUCACGCAAGGGUUGGUCUUGGUAAGUAGCAAACAUCUGCUAGUUUUGGGUCAGGUGUCCUUAAGGUCAAGGUCACUGGGGUUAGAAUAUUGCAACUUGUGGCAAGCUUCUCAACUUCUCUAUAUGAGCCGCGCCAUGAGAAAACCAACAUAGUGGCUUUGCGACCAGCAUGGAUCCAGACCAUCUGCGCAGUCUGGUCAGGAUCCAUGCUGUUUGCUUUCAAAGCCUAUUGCAAUUAAAAAACCUGUUGGUGAACAGCAUGGAUCCUGACCAGACUGCGCGGAUGCGCAGGCAGGUCUGGAUCCAUGCUGCUCGCAAAGCCACUAUGUUGGUUUUCCCAUGGCACGGCUCAUAUGUUCUUAAGUACAGCCCCUAUAAUAAUGAAACCUAACAGAAGGAUUGAUCUUAGUAAGGGGCAGUCAUCUUUUGGUUUAGGGCCAGGUCAAGGUCGCUGGGGUGAGAUUUUUUAAUAGUGUUGGUUUAAGUUCUUCUUAAAACCCCUACCCGCAUGUUCUACCCCGCUGACUCUAACUUGUCUCCCUACUUGACACAUGCACACAUAUCCCUUCUGCACUCCAUUCCUAGUUUUUUUUUUGUCAUACCUGACAUUUAUGUAAGUCAUAUUUCUCUUAUGGUAACUCAUUUUUGCUCAAAUUCCCCCUCUCACUUACUUAUAAUAAUAAUACAUGUAAUGUCUUUGUAAACAUUUUCGAAUAGCAAAACCAGUGUUCUUUGGCAGUUCUUUUCAAAAUUAUGUUUUUAAACUGGAUAAAAAUUUGUAUUUUGUUUCUUUUAGUGAAAUUAUUUAUUCAAAAAGAAAAUACUGCUAUGGUUUAUGUAAAAAAUGUAAAAAAAGAACUCUAUGCUGUUUGAGUCUAUAAAGCAUCAUGAUGUCUAUUCAGGGACAUGAAUUUCUUGUGUCAAUUGUUGAUGCCAUGGUCAUAGUGGCUUUUAGGCUUAUUAUGAUAUGAUCUUGUAAUGAUGUGUCAAACGAUACAGAAACAGGAAACGUCCUACUUGUUACUAUCUAAAGGUAUGUAUGUAAAAAUAAUCUACAAAGCACAGUCUUGCGAAUUGUCACUUCUGAAAAAAUCUCUUGAAAGUGUGUUAGAUUACUUGAGUUGUGUGAACAGUAAAGGAAACAGUUUAUGGUUUGUUUCUAUGAUGAAAGAAUAAUAAUUGUAGCUGAUCUAAAGAUACCCGGUGGAAACUGGCACAUAAUAAUCUUAAGUUUUUCAGAAAAGUAAUUUUAUUUUUGAAAUAUGAUUAACUGUUUAUAAAACUGUUUUGGAAAAA